GCUUGUUUUGAUUGUCGUCAUAUUCUUCUUCACUUGAAUUGCUGCAGACUUCUUCCUUAUCACUAAAGCUCUCUAUAUAAGUCAGUAUGGAUGAAGUUUGGGAGCGCUAUAGACGAUUAUUGAAGAAUGAACUGGAGGAGAGCAGGAAAGAGGCUAUUAGCAAGAUCUCUAUUAAAUUGACUAGCUUUUCUGUAUCAUUCAACUCAAAGUUGCUUCUCAGUCUUACUAGUACAGAGAAACACAGUUUCAGAAAUGGUGAUUUAGCCGCUAUAGUGAAUAAAAAGAAUACACAACUUCUUAGAGGUUCAGUAUACUCAGCGGAUGAUAAACGCAUACUAAUCUCAAUCGAAAAGAAUGAAAUUGAUCUACCAUCACCUAUAUACCUCACUCAAUUACGUGAUGAAUCAACUUACACGAAAUUGCUCGAAAUGAUAGACAAAUACGAAUAUUUAGAACGAUCUGACGACUUAUCCCUCCUAAUGAAGACUAUAUUUGGUCUGAGGAAGCCCACAUUCUCUCAAAGAGCACCUAGUGAAUACUUCGAUAGUACUCUUAAUCAAUCACAAAGACAUGCGGUCAAUUUGGCACUCAAAGCUGACCAUUUGGCCCUAAUUCACGGUCCACCAGGUACCGGGAAGUCAUAUACCCUUAUAGAAAUCAUUAGGCAAUUCAUCAGCCAAGAUAAACGAAUCCUCGUCUGUGGUUCAUCCAAUUUGGCGAUCGAUAACAUCCUAGAGAGGUUAUCUGUCUAUAACAUUCCAGCCACUAGAAUUGGCAAUCCAGCACGUAUACUUAGCAACCUCCAAACUCAGACACUUGAGUAUCAGACUUUACAAUCAGAGGAGAAUGUGAUCAUGAAAGGUGUCAAAUUGGAGUUAGAAGAUUUGAUGAAGGAAUUAAAAGAAGGGAAUAUCACGGGGACGCUAGAACGAAAGAAAGCCAUGAAUGAGGUCAAAGAAUUGCGAAAGGAGCACAGUAAGCGCUCAAUGGCGGUUCUCAACCGUCUUAUGAAACGCGCAAAGAUUGUCUUGUGUACCCUUCAUGGAGCAGGUGGUAAACAACUUGAGAAUCAGAAAAAGUUCGAUGUUUGCAUUAUAGACGAGUCCACUCAGGCGCUAGAACCAAGUUGUCUAAUACCCAUUCUUAAAGCAAAGAAAUUGAUAUUGGCUGGUGAUCCUUUACAGCUUCCGCCAACUGUUUUAGCACGUCCUGCACAGAAAGUUGAAGGGAAAACGAAGGAAGAAAAGAAGACGACCAUCUGGAAAGAACAAGAUAUAAAGGAAGUGGAGGAGAUAACUGAUAAGCUCGCUGAGCUUAAAAUAAGCGAGGAAGGAAAUGCUACAGAUAGGGAAUUCAAACAGGCAUCUACGCGAGCAACUUUGAAGCCUCUAGAAUCCCUCGAGGCAUCCCUUUUCGAGAGAUUGAUUGAUAUACACGGGAAUUCAAUCAGGUGUCUUCUCAGUGUUCAAUAUAGAAUGCAUAAUAUGAUCAUGAAAUUCCCCUCAGAAACAAUGUAUAACAGUGAAUUAACUGCAUGUGAAGCCGUCUCUAAGCGCACACUCAUGGAACUCCCUAAUGUCGUCAACAGUAAUACAAAUAAAGAUUCAGUCCAGCUGAGCUCACCGUUGGUCUUUAUAGAUACAGAUGGACACGGAUGCAAAGAGAGUAUUGACUUUAAAAGGCUGAAAAAAGGCGCACUACAGAGAGGAAGCAAAUAUAAUGAGAAGGAAAUCGAAAUCAUUAAGAGGAAGGUCCAAGAUCUGGUACACGUUGGUGUUCGCGAUUCUCAAAUUGCUAUUAUCACGCCCUAUCAAGCUCAAGUAGUACGUCUCGGUAAUGCUAUAAAGUCUCAAUUCCCUGGAUGUGAGAUUGGCAGUAUUGAUGGUGUACAAGGACGUGAACAAGAGGUAGUCAUUUUGUCCCUUGUUAGAUCCAACUAUACUGGGCAGGUCGGUUUCCUGAAGGAGGGGCGUAGACUGAAUGUCGCAAUGACCCGCGCGAGAAGACAGCUGAUUGUUGUUGGCGAUAGCGCAACUAUUAAGCGUGGUAACAGCUACCUCAAGAAAUGGAUGCAUUUUCUGAAAAGCAACGCAGACUUACAAAUACCAGAGUAGAUAAUUAUUAAUUUAUUAUGUAUCAAUUGUUUAAAACUUUUUAUCCAGUUUAACAUCAAAUGC